CCCCUAUUGUUUGCCAUGAGUUUUUCCUCCGUUUACCCCACGAAAUUCGGUACGAAUUUCCAGUAUAAAUUUGACCGUUCCGAAGCGAAGCACGGGGAGUUGAAAAUCACGAUCAUGUUUAGGACGAAAUGCAAGGAACACGACCACUCAUCUUUUUACCAAUUCUUGCAGAUGGAGCACAGUCAAAAAAACACCGACUGCUACUUUUUCUACUAUUCGACAUGUUUAAAGGGUGACGCUUGCGCAUUUAGACAUGAGCCCUCUGCCUUGGGAUGCGAGACGAUGUGCUCGUACUGGCAAUCGGGGAAUUGUCUCAACGAGCAUUGCAACUUCAGACACAUGGAACUUAAGAAAAAUCGCAAAUCGAUCGCAUGCUACUGGGAGACGCAACCGGGUGGAUGUAGAAAACCUCAUUGCUGUUUCAUGCACAAGAAUGCUCGCGGCCCAACAACAGCCGAGCCAAUUAAUCCUGGAAGAAACAAUGAGCUGACUGCGAAGCCCGUCAACCAAGAAUGGUCCAACCGUCAGGAUGAUGGCAAGUACGAUUCGGAUCCACGCACCACCCUCGAUGGAAGUAGCACCGAAUCCGAUCAAGGCCGCGGGGGCAGCGAAGCUGGGAGCUUCAUUGGCAGUCCGGCCGUCGACCCUCUUGUCGUCAACUUCGAGGAAGAGUCAGACAAUGAAAGCGUACCGUCGCCAACAAAGCCGCAAUUGCGAAUGCUACACGUUAAGACCCUAGAAGAGAUCAAACUUGAAAGAAUCCAGGCGGAGAGUGCGGCUUACUACAAUUACACGACCGAAGAUACCGCCGGUGGUCAUAACGUCCUGACGCUGGAGGUCGGGGACGGAGGCGGAGGAGGCGGAGGCGGAGGAGGCGGCUCGUCAAUCCUCGAGCGGAAUCUCCGCAGCAGGUUGGCUAACCGCCUGACCGCCAGGUCGUCGAGCCUCAGGACGAACCUGGACUUCCAGGUCUUGUCCCUCGACGAGAUACGGAAAAGGAGGCGGAGGAUGGCGCCCUCGACGCCGACGGAUCUCCCGUCGAGAACGAAGGUUCCUCGUCUCGUGGACGACGUCUCGUCCUCCGUCGAAUCACGAACGACGGGGAAAACGGAUGAGCAGAACUGCUGCAGCGAUUCGGAGAUGGAGAAAUCCGACCCUGCAAAUCGGGGGCCGAGGGCUGCUCUGACGGCUACGGCGCCGCCGGUUCGACUUCGGAGACCUAACCGGACGAUGCCGCUGGAAACAUCAUCGUCGAGGAGAAAAAUUAGCAGAUAUAAUUCCGGCGAAAUCCUCCAGGAACAACCGGAAAUGACGAGCAGUGACAGCAGCCAGGAUGCUGCCGUCGUUCCUGACCGACUUACCCUCGUCGCGUCCAGGCCUUCGCUUUCGGCAAGGAACGACAGGGAUCAGAUCAAGAUGGAGGAGGUGGAGGCGGAAGAGGAGGAGGAGGAGAAGGACGCCGCGGCGACCCGGCUGCAGGACCAAAAUGGCCUUUCCGCCACGGAGGAGGGACUUUUUAACGGAAAUUCAGCGCCGAGGAACUCAAUUUCGCGCAGUAUUUCGGAGGACGAUUAUUUGAUGAUGGACGUGACGUCCUCCACCGUCGAUCAAUCCGCAUCGGCUCCCGGGGCUGAAGAUAUUUUACAAGACAUAGACGAGUUGCUCAACGAUUGACUUCCCAUCGUUUGUACGAUGUUGGACGAGAGUAAUCUACGUCCCUGCCUAGGUACCCGUGUAUUAUACGAAUAUCCGUCUUGACGGGGAAUUUUUUUUCUGUAGGAGUAAUACUGGAUUUACACAGUUCGGAAAACCGAUAUACGAUCAUGAGAGAAGAGAGAAGAGACAUGGAGGAAAAAAUCGUCUCUCAAAUCCGUUUCCGAAAUCAAUAGUUUGUAUGAAUUUUUUUCCCGAAGAAUAAUGGUCUUUCCAUAUUUGUCUCUCUUUUUGCUGCCUUAUCUUCUUUAUUAUUUGCCGUUAAAACUAACGUCAGCGUCGAGGCUUUGUGUCGUUUCAUUUGACUCUCGUUCGUCUGUGUAUGAUAUCGUGAUACAAUACCGUUAUACAUAUAAAGCGUAAUAUUAAAUCUGUAAGUUUUGUUAUUAUAUUAUACGUUUGUAAAUUUAGUAUACGUCUCAGCAUCCAAUUUACCCGAUACUACAGAGAUAAACAAAACGUAAGACUCGACGAUUUGUUGGAAACGUUAUUAUGUUAUUAUAUUCGGAGCGAUUGCGCUGUUCUUUCAUUGAUUAUUUCUUUUUUUCUCUUCUCUCAUUUUACUAAUAAUAUACGUACACCUAUAUUUAUCGGAUAGUUCGGAAAUUAGG